AUGGCGACGACAAGGCUGACGAAGGCGCUGGAGCUGGUGCGCAACGGCGUGCUGAUCGUGGGCUGGGCGUCCAUGGUAAAGGAGAACAUCUUUAGCGUCACCUACGGCAUCGGCGUGUCCAUGAGCCCCACGAUCCCCGACGGCUCGUUCGUCGUGGUGGAGCGCCUGUCGCGGCGGUGGCGCAGCUGGGAACGCGGCGACGUGGAGGGAGACGUAGUGGAGCUGCAGCCGCGCUUCGACAAGAAUCGCAAGGGCAAGAUCACAGUCCCGAAGGGCCACGUGUGGGUGGAAGGAGACAACCCCACGUGCUCCGUGGACUCGCGGCAUUACGGCGCGGUGCCCGUUGCUUUGCUGGUCGGAAGGCCGCUUUUUAUUGUAAGUUUUGGUAGCGAGGGCUGGUAG